GUGUGUGGUGGGGGGCGAGUGUGGGGGGCCAGCUCUUCCAGAGGGUGCCGAUCUCGCGCCUUCCCUCCGAUUUCUCCCCCAAUUUCCCUCUAUUCCUUCACGCUCCCCUUGCUCCAUCGUUAUCCCCCCCCUCUCCAGAGUCUCUCUCCGUCUUUUGUGUGUUGUUCAUGUCCGCAUCUCGUCGCCCCCCCCUCCGUGCUCUGCCUCCCCAAGCCCUCUCCUUCCCCCGUGUGAAUUUCGGCCUUAGACAGCCGUGCUUGGCGAGCUCCCGAGUCGUCCAGGAUUGAUCGGCGUCGAUUGUUUUGUUUUGAAAUCCGUGGGUCGGUCGAUCUUCCAGAUUCCACUCGGUGCAAAAAAACAAAAAGAAAAAAAAAACCUGUUCGUGCGAGAGAGAGAGAAAAGGAGCCGCGUUGGGGGAGGUCUGGGGGAUGAUCGAAGGCGCUUCUUGGAACGGCGACCAUGGAAGGGUCUAGCGGCUCCAGUUUUGGAAUAGACACGAUUUUGUCUAAUCCCAGGUCCGGCAGCCCGGGCAUGAUGAACGGGGACUUCCGAGCGGCCCACGGCGAGGCCCGCGCGGCGGAUUUUCGCAGCCAAGCCACCCCUUCCCCCUGCUCGGAAAUAGACACUGUGGGGACGGCUCCCUCGUCGCCCAUCUCGGUCACGGCGGAGCACCCGGAGCAGCAGCAGCAGCAGCCGCAGCAUUUGGCGCAAGACGGGCUCCCUGCGCAGCAUCUUCACCUCCAUCACCCGCAGCAGCAGCAACAACAAAGUUUGCAGCCAUCUCCCCAGCAGCAGCAACAGCAGCAGCAGCAGCAGCAACUGGGUUCGGGCAGCUGUGCCCCCAGGACUUCCACUUCUUCGUUUCUCAUCAAAGACAUUUUGGGAGACAGCAAACCGCUGGCGGCUUGUGCACCUUACAGCACCAGCGUCUCGUCCCCGCAUCACACCCCCAAACAAGAGAGCAACGCGGCCAGCGAAAGCUUCCGGCCAAAGCUGGAGCAGGACGACAGCAAAACCAAACUGGACAAACGCGACGACUCCCAGAACGAGCUGAAAUGUCACGGGACAAAGGAAGAAGGCGACCGUGAGAUCUCCAGCAGCCGAGACAGCCCUCCGGUGCGAGCCAAGAAGCCCCGCAAGGCGCGGACGGCCUUCUCGGAUCAUCAGCUCAACCAGCUGGAGAGGAGCUUCGAGAGGCAAAAGUAUCUCAGCGUCCAAGACCGCAUGGAUUUGGCGGCCGCCCUCAACCUGACCGACACGCAGGUCAAAACCUGGUAUCAAAACCGAAGGACCAAGUGGAAGCGGCAGACGGCCGUGGGCUUGGAGCUCCUGGCCGAAGCGGGGAAUUACUCGGCUCUGCAGCGGAUGUUCCCGUCGCCCUACUUCUACCACCCGAGCCUGCUAGGCAGCAUGGACAGCACCACGGCGGCCGCGGCGGCCGCAGCUAUGUACAGUAGCAUGUACCGGACUCCUCCGGCGCCUCACCCUCAGCUGCAGAGGCCUCUGGUCCCCCGGGUGCUGAUCCACGGCCUUGGACCCGGAGGGCAGCCGGCCCUCAACCCUUUGUCCAACCCUCUCCCGGGGACCCCCCACCCGCGGUGAAAGCGCUCCCCCUGGGGGGGAGGGGAGGGGAGCUUCGCCCAACCCCAGCUCCCCGCCCCCGCGCAUUCCGCUAACAGACUCCCCCGCUUCACUCCCCCUCACUUAAGACAACUGCUAAUCAGCCAAGGAUGGAGCCCAGCCGAGUGAGGAGGAGGAGGAGGAGGAAGGGGGGCGGUGGAUGCGAGAGGUUCUCCAAGCAGCGAGAGAGGCGACCGGCUCCGAGCGAGAGCGGGGACUCUGGAACCCGUAAGUGAAUCUUCACAUCCAGCCAGGCCCGCGUCAGUCCGUCCCUUGGCCGGAGGAGGAGGGGGGAAGAGAACUGCGGGGGGAGGGGGGUUUGCUUGCGAUCGUCUCUAGGAGAGAGUUGGGGAGGGGGUGCAAGAAAGAGACUGAGAUCCAGCCAGUCGCAGCAAAGACUCUUGCGUGACACACACACACACAGAGAGAGAGAGAGAGAGAGAGGACGCCCCUCCCCCCCAACACUGAUCCCAGAAGAUGAGGAGACGGCGGCGGUCUUGGGGAGACGGAGAAGUUUGCACUGAAUUUCUCAUGACCUUUUUUUCUUACCGAAAAGUGGCAUGCUCCGUAUGCUAUAUAUAUAUAUCUAUAUAUCUAUAUCUAUAUCCAUAUAUAGAUAUAUACGAGAUAUGUAAAAUGUACAUUUUGAACAGGCUGGUGUGCGAAGUGAUAUAUCAUAUUUAUUAUAUGUUGUUCCAAAAAAGAAAAGAAAAAAAGAAAGAAAAGAAAAAGAAAAAAAGAAAAGUCACAUAUACAUUAGUGGUGGUGGGGGAACGACAACGAAGCAAAACAAAAACAAAAAUCUUCCCCCUCUACUCUCUCCUUUUCCAUGCUUUUUUUUUUAAAUUCAGUAAAAAAGAAAAAUAAAUGCUUAGAUGACGACGACAAAAAUUAUAUAGAUUUUUGAUGACUGAAAAAUGACAAAACGAAGGGGAAAAAAGGAAAUAAACUUUUAUCUUUUUUUAAACAAA